AUGGCCAUCGUGGACUAUGAUGACGCCCAGCGGAAGCUGGCUUAUACUUUGCUUUUGGAACUGAUGUCACAUGCGCAUGGUUGUAUAUCCGACAGAUACCAGUUUGCCUCCCCCGUACGAUGGAUUGAAACUCAAGAUGUGGUCCUCAGCCAAUACCGGGCCGAACGCAUCGUGGAGAUCGGGCCGGCGGCCACACUGACCAACAUGAUGGCACAGACCGUCAAGUCCAAGUUCUUGCACAGUGAUCGAGCCUCCCUUCUGAAGCGGCAACUGCUGGCCUCGGAAAAACAGGGGAAGGAGAUCUACUACGAGUAUGACGCUCCGGUGGCGGCGGCGGCGGAAGCUCCCGUUCCCGCUCCCUUGGCAACUGAGGCAGCCACUACCAAAUCAGUUGUGCCUGAGGCAGUUAAAGCUCCCACUCCCGUUGCGGUCCCUGUGCCUGAGGCAGUCAUCGACGAUCAACCAGCCCGUGCUUUUGAAGUCAUCCGCACUCUCCUGUCCCGAGUCCUCAAGAUCGCUGUCACCGACAUUGUUGGCACCCAGAGUAUCAAAUCUCUCGCCGGUGGACGUUCCACCCUAGAAAAUGAGAUCAUCGGCGAUCUCAACAGCGAGUUCGGCUCCCUUCCUGACCGCGCCGAAGACCUCACCGUCACCGACCUCAGCGAUGCCCUGCAGAAGACUUUCACCGGCCAGAUGCGCAAGGUCAUGCUUAAGAUGCUGCACGCCAUGUUUGCCUCCAAGAUGCCCGGUCAAUUCACAGUGGCAACCACCAGGGCAUACCUGCAGUCUCGCUGGGGUCUUGGGUCCGGCCGACAAGAUUCGAUUUUGUUGCUCGCAAUCGCGCAACAACCAGCGAGCAGGAUCAGCGAGGAGCCUGAGGCAAAAAUCUUCUUCGAUGGGCUGGUGCAGGUCUAUGCAACGGAACACGGGUUGACAAUGGGAGGCACAACGGGAGGUGGGGCGGAGGAGACCGCGGGAGGCCAUUCGAUAAUGCUGGAUCAUAAGACGCUGGAAGCGUUACCCGGAGGUCAGCAAGAGUUGUCCAAGGCGCUGUUGAAGCUUUAUUCGAAGCAUCUAGAUAUCGAUCUGGACCAGGAUCGACGCGCGUUGGAUGACCUGCAGGUGACGGUGGAGAAGGAUCUGCGGAAAGCGCUGGACCAGAUCCAACAGGAGCUGGGCGAAGACUUCACCUCUGGCGUCCAGCCACAUUUCAGCGCUAAAAAGGCGAGACGCUUUGAUAGUGCUUGGAGCUGGGCGCUGCAGGACUUGCUGCAUUUGUACUACGAAGUGUCGAGGGCGGGCGGCGAGGGUGCGGAUCUGCUGCUGGCGACGAAGCGCUGCGAGCAUAUUCAGGAUGCGGCAGACCCCAGGCUAGUGGAUGUUCUUCAGCACAUCGUCGGUGAAUUCACCGAGCAGCCCUUGCUUUCAUCGUUGUUUACCCGUCUGGCGGAGCGGUGCCGCGAGUCCUUGCACCGCGGUCCCAAGUAUCUGGCGCGAGCAGACAGUCGGGGUCCCUGCACGACAAUCAGUGCCGCAGGAGAAAUCUCUUACAGCGAGCAUGAACGCGCUGUACCAACUCCGCUCGCCGAUUUGGUAUACCUUCCCUGUACCGAAUCUCCGUUGGGGCCGUAUCUGCACCUGAAGGAGCGGACCGGUUCCUCCUGGAGAUACAGUCACGACCUCACGGAGCAGUAUCACGCCGUGCUUGAACAGGCUACAACCACCGGGGAGUCCUUCGUCGGCCGCGCGGUGCUUAUUACCGGCGCCGGAGUGGGAUCCAUCGGGGCUGAAGUUCUCAAGGGCCUGCUCUCCGGCGGUGCUCGCGUGAUCGUCACUACCAGCCGCUUCUCCCCCAGCGUGGUCCGCAAGUACCAGGAUCUCUACACUCAAUUCGGUGCCCGCGAAUCCGAGCUGGUCGUCGUGCCUUUCAAUCAAGCUAGCUCCCAGGAUAUCUCCGCGCUAGUUGACUAUAUUUACGACAUCAAAGGGCUUCACUGGGAUCUCGACCAUAUCCUGCCCUUCGCAGCGAUCCCAGAAAACGGACGGACCAUAGAGAAGAUAGACCCGCACGCCGAGCUAGCCCAUCGAACCAUGAUGACCAACACCUUGCGUCUGUUGGGUGCGGUAAAAAGCCGCAAAGAAGCACAAGACUCGCAUACGCGACCCACCCAAGUGAUCCUACCUCUCUCGCCAAACCACGGCAUUUUUGGUGGAGACGGUCUGUACAGUGAGUCCAAGCUGGGGCUUGAAGCGCUCUUCAACCGCUGGCACUCAGAGGACUGGUCUGACUAUCUGUCGGUAUGCGGUGCGGUGAUUGGCUGGACUCGGGGGACGGGCCUCAUGAGCGGCAACAAUCUGGUCGCCGAGGGGAUUGAGCGCUUAGGGUGUCAAACUUUCUCCCAGCAAGAAAUGGCCCAGUGUCUCCUCUGUCUGAUGUUUAACCCUAUCUGCAGCCUCUGCGAGGAGGCACCUUUGUACGCCGACCUAGCCGGCCGCAUGGGUGCGGUGCAAGACCUCAGACAGAAAGUACAAGAAUUGCGCACGGAGAUAAAUGAGACGGCGCAGACGCGCAAAGCCCUUCUUGAAGAGUUGGAUAUGGAAGCCAAAUGCUUCUCUGACGCUACAACAACCCCCAAGGCUGCCUCCCAAACAGCCGCCCCUACCCCCGUCCCGAAAGCUCACGUCCGCCUCGACUUUCCCAAGAUUCUCGACUACGACAGCGACAUCGGGCCGCUCACGGCCGACUUGCAAGGCAUGGUUGACCUGGAGCGCGUAGUCGUGGUAACUGGGUUCGCCGAGCUCGGCCCAUGGGGCAACGCCCGCACCCGCUGGGAGAUGGAAGCCUACGGCGAGUUUUCGCUCGAAGGCUGUGUCGAGAUGGCCUGGCUGAUGGGGCUAAUUCGCUACGAGAAUGGCACCACGCCCGGCUGGGUCGACGCCAAGACCAAUGAGCCCGUUCUCGACCAUCAGAUCAAGCAGAAGUACGAAGAACACAUCCUGACUCACUCAGGCAUACGUCUUAUCGAACCGGAUCUAUUCGGUGGUUACGAUCCGGAACGCAAGCAGACGCUGCAUGAGCAACUGAAGCUGGAACACUGGGACAAGGUACAUAUCGCUCGCGAGCCGGGGACCGACCAGUAUCGCGCCGUUCUGAAGAAAGGUGCGAAGCUGCUGGUACCCAAAGCGAUGCGGUUCGACCGCCUGGUGGCUGGGCAGAUCCCCACUGGUUGGGAUGCGAAGAAGUACGGCAUAUCGGACGAUCUCAUCUCACAGGUUGACACGGUCGCGCUGUACACUUUGGUUUGCUCGAUUGAGUCACUGCUCUCGUCUGGAAUUACAGACCCCUACGAGAUCUACCGCUACAUUCAUAUCUCCGAGGCAGGAAACUGCAUUGGUUCCGGCAUGGGCGGGAUUAACUCGCUCCAGCAGAUCUAUCGCGACCGAUACCACGAGAAGGAAGUGCAGAAGGAUAUCCUCCAGGAGUCGUUCGUGAACACGAUCGGUGCCUGGGUCAAUAUGCUCCUGAUGUCAUCCGCCGGUCCUAUGCGCACCCCUGUUGGCGCCUGUGCGACCGCUAUUGAGUCGGUCGAGCUCGGCUAUGACACGCUCGUCAGCGGCAAAGCACAGUUUUGCUUCGUCGGCGGUGGCGACGACUUUGGCGAAGAGAUGUCGUACGAGUUUGCCAAUAUGAAAGCCACCUCCAACGCAGUAGAUGAGUUUGAGCAAGGUCGCGAUGUGUCUGAGAUGUCCAGGCCCGCCGCCAGCACGCGCAACGGCUUCAUGGAGUCGCACGGCUGCGGUAUCCAGAUCCUUACAACUGCCAAACUCGCCUUGGAGAUGGGCCUGCCCAUCCGAGGUGUGAUUGCCUUCGUCGAGACUUCGAGUGACAAGGCAAGCCGGUCGGUGCCUGCGCCCGGAAAGGGGAUCCUGUCCAAGGCGCGUGAGGCGCGAAGCUCCUCCAGCAUUGCCUCCCCGCUACUCAAGCUCGCCAACCGGCGCAAACGCCUUGAGUUACGCAAGAAGCAGAUCAAUUUCGCGCGCGAGGCUGCUCUGCAGGACCUCCAGCUCGAGGUGGCCAGUCUUGAGUCCUCCGAGGACGUGGACGUGUACAUCCGCGAGCGCACCGCCCAGAUUGAGGCCGAAGCCCGCAAAGACCUCAAGAACGCCCGAUACCACCUCGGCAAUACCUUCUGGGCCGAUGAUCCGACCAUUGCGCCCCUGCGCGGUGCCCUGGCCGUCUGGGGUCUAGGGGUUGAUGAUCUUGGCGUCGCUUCCUUCCACGGGACGUCGACCAAGCUUAACGAGAAGAACGAGUGCGGUGUCAUCCAGAGACAGCUCUCGCAUCUCGGUCGUGCUAAAGGAAACGUCAUUCUCGGCGUGUUCCAGAAAUAUCUGACAGGCCACCCGAAAGGCGCGGCUGGCGCGUGGAUGUUGAACGGCGCGCUGCAGAUUCUUGAUACGGGCAUCGUGCCCGGCAACCGCAAUCUGGAUAACGUGGACGAGGAGCUGCAGCAGAACGAGCAGAUCGCCUUCCUGAAUCGGUCCUUGGAGACGACAGGCCCUGGAGGCAUCCGCGCCAUCAGUGUGACUUCUUUCGGGUUUGGGCAAAAGGGCGCUCAGACAAUUGUCGUGCAUCCCAAGUAUCUAUUUGCCACUCUAGAGGGAGAGCAGGAGUAUCAGAUGUACGUGGACAAGCGUACUGAACGGCAGAAGAAGGCGGAUGCCUUCUUUUAUCGCGGGCUAGCCGCCAACAGUCUCUUUGAGUUGAAGACUGCUACGCCCUGGGCGCCGCAGAAGGAAUUGGAGACCCUUUUGGAUCCAACGGUGCGCUUCUACACUGUGGAGAAGAUAUUAUAA